AUGGCAGCUUUGCAGAUGUCACGUGAAUGGAUCGGUAUCCAGCAGUUCCCACCUGCUACUCAAUCUAAAUUGCUCGAGAUCCUUGGGAAGUAUAAAGAAGAGGAUGUGAGCUCGCUAACAGUACUUGUAAUGGGGAAAGGUGGUGUUGGAAAGUCAUCAACUGUGAAUUCAGUUAUAGGCGAGAGAGCUGCUGCAGUUAGUACUUUCCAGUCUGAAGGACUGAGACCUACCUUGGUCUCUCGCUCAAGGUCAGGUUUCACAUUAAAUAUCAUCGACACUCCUGGUCUUAUUGAGGGAGGAUACGUGAAUGAUCAAGCCGUCAACCUAAUAAAAGGAUUUCUCCUCAACAAGACUAUAGAUGUGCUACUAUACGUAGACCGUUUGGAUGUAUAUCGGGUGGAUGACUUGGACAGGCAGGUUGUCACGGCUAUAACCGAAGCGUUUGGUAAAGAGAUAUGGAUGAAGUCUGCUCUUGUCCUCAGUCAUGCUCAGUUCUCCCCACCGGACGGAUUAAACUAUGAUCUCUUUGUCUCCAGAAGAUCUGAUGCUCUUCUGAAGGUGAUCCGUGCAGGCGCUCAACUGAAGAAACAAGAUAUGCAGGGUUCAUCUAUUCCCGUCAUUCUUGUUGAGAACAGCGGAAGAUGCCAUAAGAAUGAAAGCGAUGAAAAGAUUCUUCCAGACGGGACUAGUUGGAUUCCCAAUCUGGUCAAGACAAUCACAGAGAUCUCUUUUAAUGGUAGCAAGCCGAUUCACGUUGACAAGAAACUGGUCGAAGGCCGAAACCCAAACGAAAGAGGGAAACGACUAAUUCCUUUGAUCUUUGCAUUCCAAUACCUGCUGCUCAUGAAGCCUUUGGUUCGAGCAAUCAAGUCGGAUGUUGCUAAAGAGAGUAAACCGGCGUGGGAGUUGCGGGACUCCGGUUCAGCAAGUCGAAGGACUUAA